GCAUGGUCCACAAUGGCGGCGCCCGACGGAACAUUAAACUGUGAGGACUUUUCCAUGUUUCAGGAGGUGCUGAAGCUGAUGCGUACCAUGGACGAUCGCAUUGUCCAUGCCCUGAACACCACCGUUCCCACGGUCUCCUUUUCGGGCAAAGUGGAUGCUACGCAAACUUGCAAGCAACUGUAUAAAUCAAUGAUGGAGGCCCAGCUCAGCCGGGACAAAGCCAUCAAGGCGUGCAUCACGCGCACGUCCGAAGUGGUGGGGCAACUGCGCGAGGCAAGAGCGAAGGACGGCGCCGACAUGGCUGUCAUGAAACAGCUCAGGAAGGAGCAGACCAAACUCAAGCUCAUGCAGUCUGAGCUGAACGUCGAGGAAGUCGUCAACGAUAGAAGUCUUAAGGUUUUUAACGAAAGGUGCCGAAUUCACUACACGCCGCCCAAGGUGAAGUGAGGCUUAGUUCCAUCCGAAUGACUGAGACUGAUCCAGAAACUGUGACCACGCUGCCGCCAUCUUGGCUCCGGAAUGACCGCUCAUAUGUCUCUUUCCCUCGUUUUGCUCAUUCCUGUCUGUGAUUGUCUUUUAAACGGCCAUCUUUCCUUCUAAGCGCGCAUGUGAUUUGAUGACACACAUUGUACAAAAAAAACAUAUAUUUUAUAAACAAUACUGAAAUGUUUUCAAAAACAAUCCUUGUCUGUGUGAUGAUGCAUUUAGUCAAAGUCACUGUUCAACACAAGUUUUGGCAAGCUUUUCUGCUGUCACUCAGCUCCUCAACCAGGGUGGCUACUAGCGUACUCGUGUGCUGUGACAGAUCAUCAGAUCGUGUGCCUUUAAUUGUCAGAACAUUCUUCUUCAUCAGCACGUUGGACUACUGGUUAGCAAAUCUGGCUCACAGUUCUGCGGUCCCGGGUUUAAAUGCGGCCUCCCCGCAUGGAGUUUGGAUGCUCUCGACGUGCCUGCGUGGUUUUUCUCUGGGUCCUCCCCCAUUCCCAAAAUAUGCAUGGUAGGUUAAUUGAAGACUCUAAAUUGUCCAUAGGUGCGAAUGGUUGUUUAUAUGUGGCCUGCGUUUGGGUGGUGACCAGUUCGGGGUUUACCCAACCUUUCGCCCGAAGUCAACUGAGAUAGGCGCCACCACGCCCACGGCCCUGGUGAGGAUAAGCAGUUAAGAGGAUGGAGGGGUGGAUUAUUCUUCAUGAAUCAUAAAUAUAUCUUGCUUCAGCUAUCUAUGCCAGUCACAUAAAGUGUUAGGCAGAACAAUUGCAAUACCUGUCCAUUAGAUGGCAGAAGGUGCCGGUCUAUCCACUUGUUGCAAAUCAACAAGAGAACGAGUCAUGGCUUCCAGCUUUGUGUUUAAUUAAACGGGUCCAGAUUUCACACCGAGUACAUUUGUAAAUGAAAAUAAGAUGAUCAUUAUUUGAGUAUUCACAUUUUUGCUUCAUGGUGUGCCGUGAGAUUCUUUUCCUGUGUAAAAUGGACUCCGUGGCUCAGUCAAGAUCGGGACACUUCGUUUGGAACAUUUAUGGCCUGCAAAAUCUGGGCCGCUUUCUUUACAGUAUUGUCAUUUUUUGAAUUCCUGAUAUUGUGAGUUUUACGAGCCGG